AUGGUUCGUUUUCGAGAGGAUAGGGUAGCAGUAACCGGUGACAUAAAAGAUAUGUUUUUGAGAAUAAAAAUCAAUCCUGUAGAUCAAAACGCCCUCAGAUUCCUGUGGAGAGGUAGGAACCCCACAGGUCUAGUGAAGACAUACGCGAUGACGUCGCUGAUUUUCGGCGCGAACUGCUCUCCAUUCAUUGCGCAGUACAUAAAGAACAAGAACGCUAGCAGGUUCGAGUCUACGCUUCCAGCUGCCGUCGCUGCUAUACACCACCAGCACUACAUGGAUGACUAUAUCGAUAGUCUGCCGGACGAAGCUUCCGCCAUCGAGAUGGUAAAGAAUAUUCGAGAUAUUCACAGCGCCGGAGGUUUCGAAAUCCGCAACUGGACGUGUAAUAGCGCAGCCGUGCUCGACACUAUACCUAAGGAUGUUUUAGGUGAUACAGCUGUGAAGUUAGGACAGGACGAACAUGACGAUGGUGAGCGGACUCUUGGUCUGAUAUGGUACCCUGCUAAGGAUGAACUAGGGUUCGAUGUGUCAUUCAAGCGCAUUCCUGAUAGCGUCAUCAAAGGCGAACAAAGACCUACCAAGAGGGUUAUGCUACGUGUCAUUAUGUCAAUCUUUGACAUUUUCGGGUUUUUGUCACCUUUCACUACACAGGGUAAAGUUAUGCUGCAGGACACCUGGCGUCUCCAUAUCGACUGGGACGAUGUUAUUCCAGACGAAUUAUAUAAAAAAUGGUGCAGUUGGUUGGAAUUACUGAAACUUAUUGGAGAAAUUCGUCUGCCAAGAUGGUACCAGUCGUGCGCUGUCAAGUGCAAGAUGGGAGAAGAAUUGACAGCAACUCUACCAGGCUCUUCUGUUCAUGCCGCGACUCAGCAAAGCUACAACGACUUAGAGCUACAUCUAUUUAGUGAUGCCUCACUUAAGGCUAUGUCAGCUGUCGCAUACUGGCGUUGGAAGAGUAACAACCAAAUAUUUGUCUCGUUUGUUGCCAGCAAAAGCCGCGUUUCGUCGGUGAAACCUCAAACUGUGCCACGAUUGGAACUCCAAGCUGCGUUGUUAGCAGCUCGACUAGCUGACUCGCUAGCGAAAGCACAUCGUUUGAACAUCACUCGGCGGCACUUCUGGUGUGAUUCAAGUACCGUGCUACACUGGAUAGGCAACAACACUCGUCGAUACAAAACAUUUGAAGCUAACAGACUUGGCGAGAUCGACGAACUGUCAAAACCCUCUGAGUGGAGAUAUGUACCCACAGGACUGAACGUGGCAGACAUUGCCACAAGAGAAACGUUCAAUUAUCAGUCUUUUCUCAACGAGUGGUUCAAGGGACCUGAGUUUUUGUACAGCGAUGAGACUUUCUGGCCAGCGAACGUCCUGGAACCUGAAAAUGAGGUCACUGCUCAAGCUUGUAUGACCGUAGUACAAAACUCACCUACAUGUUUCCCGGUUCCUGACCCUGAGCGCUUCUCCUCGUUUCUGCGAAUUCUGAUUUCUGCUUGUGUUCUAAAGUUUAUUCACAAAUGCAGAGGAAUUGCCCUUGAUGACUUCGCCCUGAUGCAGAAGGCAAAACAACUAAUCUUGCGGCAGGCUCAAGAGGAUUCCUUCGCUAGUGAAAUACAAGCAGUCAGGGCGGAAAAAGAGUUGUCACGCGAUAGUCGACUGAGAAAUCUAUCUCCCUACUUGGACGAGAACAAUGUCUUACGCGUAAGCGGCCGCAUAGAUGCUGUUUGCGACGUAUCCCUGGAAGCUAAAAGACCCAUUAUUCUUGACGGGCGACAUCCUACUACUCGGCUCUUGGUCAAGCACUACCAUGUGAAGGCUGCACACGGACACCAAGAAGCGGUAGUGAAUGAUCUAAAACAAGAAUAUUGGAUAAUCCAGCUUCGACCUACCGUGAAAAAUGUUGCGUCUCGUUGCAUGUUCUGCAGGUUAAGAAAGGCUACCCCUCAGGUGCCUCGGAUGGGUGACUUACCUCGAGCGCGCAUGGCGCAUCAUCAACGUGCUUUCACCUUUUGCGGGAUCGACCUGUUUGGGCCUAUGGAAGUCACCGUAGGCAGACGUCGAGAAAAACGCUACGGCGUUUUAUUUACCUGUCUAACUGUUCGUGCGGUCCACAUAGAAGUUGUCCACACACUUACUACGGACUCACUGAUUAUGGCACUUCAACGUAUGGCGUCUCGACGUGGAUGGCCGUCGCACAUUUAUUCCGAUAACGGCACGAACCUACGCGGAGCAGACGUCGAACUGCGAAGAUCCAUCCAAGAGCUCGACAAAGAGUAUCUAAGGGCCGCUGCUCUUAACAAUCAAGUUCGUUGGACCUUUAUCCCCCCCGCCAGUCCCCAUUGGGGUGGGGCGUGGGAACGCUUGAUUCGUACCGUAAAGCGAUCUCUUCGUGUCAUUUUAAAAGAGCGAGCGCCUCGAGACGAGACUCUGAACACCCUGCUAGCGGAAGUGGAAGGGAUAGUCAACGGUCGACCAUUGACACACGUGUCGGUAGAACCGGGAUCAUCUGAAUCGCUAACGCCCAACCAUUUCCUUAUUGGUUCUUCAUCCAGAUUGCCAGUUCAUGGCGUAUUUGACGAUUCGGACUUAGCUUUAAGAAAGCAAUGGCGAAUAGCGCAGCGAUUGGCCGACAUGUACUGGAAACGCUGGAUGAAGGAGUUCCUCCCACUUUUAAUACCGAGAAAGAAGUGGCAACAGGAGCAGAAGUCGCUGAGUGUCGGUGACCUUGUGCUCGUCGUUGACCCUGAUUCCCCUCGAAACGUUUGGCCACGGGGCCUCAUAAAGAGUGUCCUGCCUGGAAAAGAUGGUCGCAUCAGAGUAGUCGAUGUCAGCACCGCUACUGGUGUACUGCGCCGGUCGGUGGCGCGCGUGGCUCCUGUACCAUUAGUUGAUUAG